AUGUAUGAUUUCUAUUCUCAAAUUAAAAAACUUAUUAAUUCAACAAGAGAUCUUCACUUAAAAUUUAUUGUUAAUGAAAAUCUUUAUAAACUAAAUGCUGAAUUAGUUUAUUUCAAUUAUUUCAUUCCAUUUCCAAUACCAAUUGAUAAAAAUAAGAAAAUGUAUUUAUUUCCAAGAAACGGUGUUAGUGAGUUUCCAAUUAAUGAAGUAAAAGAAAUAGUUGAUAAUCAGAACAUACCAGUUAAAACAAUAAACAGAGAAGAUCCAUUUAAUAUUAUUUGUGAAUUUAGAAAGAAAUAUAUGGGACUAGAAUGUCCACAUACACAAUUUACAGAUAGUAAAUCAAGAAUUACAUUUGGAACAUUUGAUAGUUUACCAUUAUCAAAAGAACGUUUAAACACACCAAUAGGUAUUAUGGGAAAACGAAGAAAGUGUAAUAUUUAA